AUGGCUCCUUCAAGCAUCAAGUGGGCACAGCCGCUGUCCAGCUCCGUACACCUGUCCCUCGCCAAGCCACAAGUCCGUGUGGCAUGUGAUGGGAUUGCCGCGCUUUGCCAGGCCUUCUCGACUUGGCCGCUGUCCCCCACCCCCACCGCCCCACACUUCGAUCUCUUGUCCUCCAUCCGCGAGGCCCUCCGAGUUUCCAACAUAUCCUGGGCCGAACAGCAUGUGGGUGGCCAUGCUGACCAAACCAAGACAUGGCGACAGAUGUCUUGGUGGGAACUACGGAACUCUGAGGUGGACGACAUUGCCCAGGGCUACGCCGACAAGCUGAUCGCCACCAAGGACACGAUCGCCACCAAUCCCAAGUUCUUCUCCGAACCCUGUGCGAUCUACAUCAACAACAAGAAGGUCUCCUGCCUGGCCUUGGAAUCGGUGGACAAAGCCGUUGUCCUGCCGUAA